AUGUAUCAGCUCCUAUCAAUUGCCUCGGUUCCUCUGCUGGCUAGCCUCGUGCAUGGCUAUGCCAACCCCGGAGCAUGCUCGGGUGUUUGUACCACCCACGACCCCGGGUUGAUCCGGAGAGAGUCAGACGGUACAUACUUUCUCUUCUCCACAGGAAACAAAAUCUCCUACGUCUCUGCAUCAUCUAUUGAAGGACCAUGGACCAGUGUUGGUUCUAUGCUUCCGGAUGGAUCGUCCAUCGAUCUGGAUGGCAACGAUGAUCUUUGGGCCCCCGAUGUUUCCUAUGUAGACGGUCUCUAUUAUGUAUACUACGCUGUGUCGACCUUUGGAUCCCAAGACUCCGCAAUUGGACUGGCAACGUCCGAGACGAUGGAAUAUGAUUCUUGGACCGAUCAUGGCUCCACUGGCAUUGCAUCUUCUUCCGCCAAGAUCUACAAUGCAAUCGACCCCAACCUGAUCUACGCUGAUGGCACCUACUACAUCAACUUCGGGUCGUUCUGGGAUGAUCUCUAUCAAGUCCCAAUGAAGUCAACCCCAACAGCAGCUGCCUCAUCCUCCUACAAUCUUGCAUAUGACCCGUCCGGUACUCAUGCAGAGGAGGGUUCAUACAUGUUCCAGUACGGUGACUACUACUACCUCUUUUACUCGGCAGGUAUCUGCUGUGGAUAUGAUACGUCCAUGCCUGCUUCUGGAGAGGAGUAUCAUAUCAAGGUCUGCCGUUCGACUUCGCCGACCGGUGAUUUCGUUGACUCCGAUGGCACGGCAUGCACGGACGGCGGGGGCACGAUGGUUCUCGAAAGCCACGGAGAAGUCUAUGGCCCUGGCGGACAGGGUGUGUAUGAUGAUCCUAACCUGGGUCCGGUUCUCUACUACCACUACAUGAACACCACGAUUGGCUAUGCCGAUUCUGACGCGCAGUUUGGGUGGAACACGAUCGACUUUUCCAGCGGAUGGCCGGUGGUAUAAGCAAAUCGGUCGACGCGAAGAUGGUUGCUGCCUACCAGUGGGUCGGCAAGUUGUAUAUAGGAUUGCUGCUAUUGAUUCGGCCGAAAUAUGUUAUGUAGUUAGUUAGGGAAAUCAUGACCCACAUGAUGCGCAUCCCGUGGAUGCUCUGCCUGAG